CAGAAAAAGCAAGCUCCACAGCUGUAAAUUCAAUUCAGACAUUAGAGUACCCAUUUGGUUUCUCCUUCUCCUUUCCCUCCUUCAAAACCUACAAAGCAAGAAUGGGUUUCUCUUCCAGAGUCUGAGAUCUCUCGGUGAAAACCAGCCUCAAACAUGGUCCAUUUCCUCAAGCAUCUCACUGAGGAGACAAUCGCACUCAAGAAACUGCUGAUUCCACCAGAGUUUGUUAGUAAUUGUGGGAAGGUGAAUCUGACCAACCCAGUAGUUUUGGAACCAACUGUUGGAGAUGUACUUGAGGUGGAGCUCUACGAGGAUGCAAGUGGGUUUUGGUUGAGGAAUGGCUGGCAGGAGUUGGUAGUUCAGUAUUCUCUGAGUCAUGGCCACUAUCUUGUGUUUGAGUACAAGAGCCGCUCCAGGUUUAAGCUUGUGAUGCUUGGUGCAAAUGGGCUGAACUUGGAGUUUCCAGCUUCCAGUUUUGUCAACAUUGGACCGAACGGGAACCAGGUGGUUCCGGAGGCUGUGGAGGAAGAAAUCACUGUCAAUACAGACUCUGUGGAGUUCUUAGGCACUUCUCUGGCUAAGGACACGAACAGCUACAGCAAUGGAGGUGGUGGAAGGCAGCAGGUACAGCUGCAGUCUGGGAAGAGAAGAAGAACUUAUGUGGGAGGGAAAAGGAAAGCAAACUUGGUAGCUUCACAGAAGAAUCGAGUUCUGCUUUCUUCUAAGCGAAAAAGAACUGAUGGCAGAGGGAAAAGGAAAGCGAGCUUGGUAGCUUCAAGGAAGAAUCGAGGUGAGCCAGUUGCUAAGCGACUUUUUGGCGGUCACAAUACCAAACGGAAAGAAAAUCAGGACUUUGUGGAGUCUGCAGAGGCAGAAGAUUAUGUAGAUGCGAACUUUAUGGAAUACUUAGGCUUUGUUGAGGAGAUGAACAGAAACAAUGGAGAUGAUGUGGGGCAGCCACAACAUCCACAGUCUGCAGAAAAUGCAAGUCAAAAUGAGUUCAUGAGUGCAAGAAAGAGAACUAGAGUUCAUGGUGGAGAGAACAUGAAGGUGAACCAGGAAGCUCCAAGGACAUAUGGAGAUACAGGAAGCCCCUCUGGAAGGGAAAAUGCUGAGACCUCUCACAUUCCAUCCAUGGCUGAACAAGAGGCUUCUGAGAGACCUUCCGGCUCAAGGUGUUCCAGACCCACAACUAAAACGCUAGAUGGGUUCAACUCACAACCUGGUUUUCUCAAAGUCAUUGUCACUGAAAGUUCCUUGGCAAACAAAGGCUUGUUGAUGCAGGGAGGUAUGAUUGAGAGGCACAUCAAAGCUUGGAAUGGGAAAAUGGUGGCACUUCAAGUUGAACAAGAAACAUGGCCUGUAAAAAUCACUACAUGCAAUGGUGUGCCUACUCUUUUCAAGGGCUGGUUGCCAUUUGCGCGUCAUCACUCUCUGAAAGCAGGCGACACACUCACAUUUGUGCCCACCGAAACUGAAGAUCUGUUCAGCGUUCAUAUUCUGCGUUGUUAGCAGACGAAUGCUGCUUGUUAGUUGGGAAGUUCCAACAACUGUUUAAUGUAGUUUGUGAGAAUGAUUAUCAUCGACUCAUGGUAGCAUGUUUAAUGACCUUCGAUCGUUUCUUUGCUGAAUGUGUGAAUGCUCAAGUAGCUGUUUCUCUUGAUGUUCAUCUGCAGCAGCAUGUGUCUAUAGGAAGAAUCUGUUGUACUAAUAGCCAUUACUAAAUGCUGAGCAAAGAACAUUUUGCUUUUGUGUGUGGUUUUACAAAUAAGAUAUGAGAAGGAUCUCCAAAUAAAGGGAGGUAGUGAAAAUUCAGUUAGAAAGCCAUUGCAACAAAUUAGUAGCAGUAGCUGUCUUUCUGAUCUGGCGUUUUCGUUCCCAAAUAUCAACACUUUUUUUUAGCAAUGGCGACCGAACUCAAUCCAGCUUCCUUCCUACUCUUACUGCUACUCCUCCUGCCGGCGAUAUUCUCCGCCGUGGAAGGAGGGAUCCGGAAAUUCCACAUUACCGACGACCUCCGUGACGUGGUGGACGACGAAGAGGAUGAAGUGUGGAAGGAAUGGGGGAAGAAGAAGACCUCCGACGAGUUCGAUCCCCCGCCUUCCGACAUGUCAAACAUGGAGCUGGAAGCGAUUCAAGAAGCGUUCAUGAAGCGGACGAUGGGCCCCGUUUUCGGGUUCGUCAAGCUCCGGCCCGGCAUCAAACGUACUCCGGAUACGGUGGCGGAUCUCGCUCGGAAAUGGACCAAAAUGCUGAGAGCUGGAGCGAUGGAAGUGAAUCUCAUGGGGAUUGAUCGGAGUACUGUUAUGUUCAACAUGGCCGAAGGCCGCCGCUCCAUCGAACUGAAGGAGUUUGUGUUGAACCAGCCGGAGGCUUACGAGAUCAAGAUCGGAGAUAACUUGUUCCGGAGGCAAGGAGAUCCGCCAUUAGAGCAAGUUAUUGAACAGAUCCACCGAGCCAAGAACGAAGCCUCUGAUGGUACUAGUCAUCAUGAGGAGGAGAAGGAAGAGAAAGAAGAAGAAGAGGAUCUCAAGGAAGAACUCUAGCUUCUUUCUGCAGCUCAGAAGCUAACAUUAUAUGAGUUUCUGAAUGAACCCUUUUAUGCAGCUGGUGCCAAGUGUUCUUCAGGUUACAUUUUUCUGUGUUGGAAGUGGGUUUUAGCAAGCUGUCGUGAAAAGUGCAGAACUUUGAGCUUAUAAUAACUACAUCAAUGUCGAGCUCCUUCAUUGUGCCAUAUCAAGUAGCUGUGUGUAUUUGUCAAAACCAGGUGAACUCAGAUAACGAAAUCAACCCAUUGUACAAACCUUAAACACAAGCAGUUUCUUCCUAUAGAAACAUGUUGCAGAUGAACAUCAAUGAAACUGACAAGAAAGG